AUGGUGAGCGGCGAUUCUGCUAGAAAGGGGAAGCGGCACAGGGCACCGGCACCGGCACCGGCAGGUGCGUUCCCCGAGGUGGCAGCGGCAGGCGCAGCAAGCAACGACGCCGAAGUCAACAGUAGCAGCCGGAAAAACAAGAAGAAGCGGAAAAGGGAGCAACGCCAGGCCCUGGAAGAUGAAGGAGAGAGACAAGUCGAUGCUGCCGCUGAGCCGCAGCGCGCAGCCGUAGACGCCAAGCGGAGCAAGAAGAAGAGACGGGAGCAGCAACAACACCAGCCGCUCAUAUGCACGUCUAAGGUCGCAGAGUACUCUGCUGGAACCAGCGAUGACAAGGGCACCGCUGGCACACCGGUAAAAAGAGAGACCAAAUCGAAGAAGAAGAAGAGAAGAGACAAAGGCUCGCUUCGCCACGACCAAGACCACGUUCCGCCAUCAGCAGAUGAAGAAACUUCGCCCGACAACGACAACGAGAGCCCGGUCCUAGAGGGCAUCGUCCACGACGGCGCGAUGUACCUCGUCGACGCGCGACGGAGAGUCUUCUCGGCCCAGCGGGACGAGCAAGGCGGCCUAGUGGAGGUGGGCACCUUCGACGACAAGGGCGGCAAGGUGAUCAUGAUCGAAGAGGAGGGAUCACCGCCAUCUGACAGUCCCGCCAACAAUAACGCCUCGCUCGCGGGGGCGGCGGCAGCGGCUGAAGCAGGGUUGAUAUCGUCGCCGCCAUCGGCGUUACACCGCGACCCUGCUACAAAAACGGACGCGACCGAAGCCGGAAACGGCAAGGCGAAGAAGAAAAAGAAGCGAAAAAAGAAGAAGGGGACGGCGGCUGGUAGUAGCGAAGACGUUGCUGCUUCUGUCGGGGCAGAGGCAGAGAGCGUUGUGGUGGAGUACCCGUUUGAGGUCGAGGAGUGUGACCAUUGCGAGACGAGCGAGCGGGCGUACUCCGACAUUUCGCCGCUUCUCUCGGCGCUGGCCGCGGAACUGGGCAAGCCGCCGGAAGACCUUGUGAUCUACGACCCUUACUAUUGUCAGGGGUCCACCGUCGGGAGGCUGGCCUCGCUCGGCUUUCCUAGGGUGCAUAACCGUAAGGAAGAUUUCUACGAGGUGGUCAAGAACGGAAAUAUACCGCAGCACGACGUGGUUGUGACCAACCCGCCUUUCAGCGGAGAGCACAUGCCCAAGAUCCUCAAGUUCUGCGCUCGCCAGGGUGCGAAGCCCUGGUUCCUCCUCCUACCAAACUACGUCUAUCUCAAGGACUACUACGAGCCGUCCUUGGGUCGCCGUUCAGGCCAGGGGGCGACGCGGCCGUUCUACCUCACCCCCCCCAAGAGGUACAUGUACUACAGCCCCCAGGGAUCGAGAUUGAAGGUGAAAAGUUCAGAACGGAAAACAUCUCCCUUCAACACCUUCUGGUACAUCCACCUUGGUGACUGUGCCGUCACCUCGAAGAUCCUUCAGUCGUACGAUGCCGCAUCGAGGAAGCUGGACAUCAACGCAAGGUGCUGCGUUGCUAGGACGACCCAGCAGAUUCCGUACAAGAUGAUGGACUCCAACGACCCACGCCGAAAGAAAGCCAGAGAUCGGCAGCGCAGUAUCGAUAGGAUUCGCAAGAAGAAGAACGAAUGGAUAGUCUAAUCGGUUUCAUUUCCGUUUCGCCAUGCUGGUGGUGGUGAUUGUGGGCAAGGUUUUGUGGCACGCAGUUUCCUGAGUGGUGUUAUCUUGAACUUCCGUACAGCAGUGAGUGGUAGACUAUCUCUUGUUUUGUUACGUGUGGCGCAUACUGAUUUAUUGGCCCCACCGUACGGUGAGCUCUUU